ACACACCUGAUUACUCUUCGUGUUCUAAUUUUCACUUCCUCUCUGCUGUUUUGAAAACAGUGAUAGAAAGUGCAUAAGAAGAUGAGCUAUGUGAUAGAGAGGCGUAGAAGACUUCCUCAAUCCUCUGAGCUGGGGAAUUAUUGACCACCAAACAAAAUGCAAGUCAGAAAGAAUUUCGUGGGGUUUUGGAAAAAGAAUUAUAACGUGUUGACUGUAUCACUUUAUUCCAUAAUUCUGGUUGUGGUUGAAGAAAUAAUGGAGAUUGAAUUUAAAUGUCCCCAGAAGGAGUCACUGAAGAAAUGGUACGUUUUUUCCUACUUUUUCUGCCCAGCUUUCAUCGUAUUUUUCCUGAGCUUGACCUCCAACCCUGCCUGCAUUCCCUGGGCUCGCUGCAUUAGGAAAUGCUCAUGCUGCCGGAAGAGUGAGGUCGUUUUUAAGGCAUUUCUACCUCCUCUGAUUUGGUGCGUGAUCCUCCUGUGCGACGGCAGAUACAUAGGCUGCGUGGCUUCAAGAAAUGAAGGAAACAGCACUCAAACUGCAACCCAAAGCGGAGCAGGAGAAAUACCCAGUGACUUCUACGUAAUAUCUCAGGUUGUAGGGCUGGUCAGUCUUACUGCUGUCAUCAUUCUUUACGGCCUGUACUACAUGUACCCCUUCUGGUUCUGCUGUAACUAUGGAGAAGGAUAUUGGAGAGAGGAGCUGGAGAUCCUCUUGGAGGAAAAAGCAAGGAAACAUUUGGAAAAAAUGAAGGAAGAGGGUGUAGAGAAGAUAAUGGAUGAGGAAGUGAAACCUUCUCUCCAGCACGUUAAUUUCUGGAAAAACCUAGAUUUAAGAAACGUGGUGGCAAAAAUAAGGGAAGUUGUAGAGCCUGUUGUUAGAGACAUAUGGGUGGCGAGAAAACAAGGAAUUGAACAAAGUGUGCCUCUCACCUCCUGCACUGACAUGACCACAGCACAACCAACUGUAGUCAUCAACACUUCGUUCUGAAGAGGUGGGCAGCUAGUGUUUCCGAAGGGGCCAGAGCAGGUGCCGAUGGGGGCAACACCAGGAUGCUCCAUCUGCCCACCCUGGGCUUGCUAGGGAAAGCACCCGCCCUGCUCCCACCUCAGUCCUCCUGACCCCCAAAGCAGGUCUGGCUCUUAACAGGGUAGUCAGAAGAGUAGGUCGGGUUUAUUGUCCUAUGGAUGUCAAUCCAACAGGUACCAUCAGACAGCACCAGUCACCCUACUAUCCCUCUUCCUAUUUCUUGGCCCUAUUUUGUUGCUCUUUUACCUCUUUCUUCACCCCCAGUGUCCAGUCUUUGGUCCCAAUUUUGCUAUAUCUGUACCCAAAACUGGUAGUUCUACUCCUGUUACCCAGAAAAUCUUGGCUUUGCCU